UCCUUAUCCCGUUUAUAUGAUCGGAGAGGAGCUGCGCUUCAGGUUGGAAGCGGUGCGAUCAUGGCGGAGCGAGUCCAGCAGCCCCCGGCCAAGCGGCUCUGCUGCCGGCCCGGCUACAACCCGGCGUGCAGGCAGGGGCAGCGGGCUGGAGGAGUCCCGUGCGGCGGCGGCGGCGGCGGCGCAGGCUCCGCUCCGGGAGCGUCUGGCAACGGGAAAACGCACAACCCCGAGUCGCUGCUCGACAUCGCGGCGCGCAGAGUCGCGGAGAAGUGGCCGUUCCAACGGGUGGAGGAGCGGUUCGAGCGGAUCCCGGAGCCCGUGCAGCGGAGGAUCGUUUACUGGUCGUUCCCGAGGAGCGAYAAGGAGAUCUGUAUGUAUUCUUCCUUCAACGCCGGAGGCGAGGAAAGUGGAUCUAGCGGUGACAAUAAUGACGAGACCCAGCUGCCUUUCCUGCGGGGUGUCACUCUGCUGGAGGGUGGCUGGGUGGACAACGUAUUGCAAGUCG